CUGACGUCGGCGUUUCAUUCACAGUACCCCACCACUCUGUUUUUCAGAUUCUAGCUAGCUUUUUAACCAAUAAGUUAGCAGUUUGUUUACAUGCCACAGAUCACUAACGUUAUAGCUAUAGGUACUAGAGGAUUUGGAUAAAGCUACCCCAAAAUAGAAAUGGGGGCAUUUUUGGACAAGCCAAAGAUGGAGAAGUUCAAUGCCCACGGAGAAGGAAACGGCCUACGCUACGGCCUGAGCAGCAUGCAGGGCUGGCGGGUAGAGAUGGAGGAUACACACACAGCUGUCAUUGGCCUGCCCCAUGGCCUCAACCCCUGGUCCUUUUUUGCCGUGUAUGACGGCCAUGCUGGCUCUCAGGUGGCCCGCUACUGCUGCGAGCACUUGCUAGAGCACAUCAUCAGCAACCCAGAUUUCAGGGGUGGGGGUGCAGGACCAGGAGGUGGAGAAGAGGAGGGCAGGGUAAUUCUGGACAGGCAUGGACACGAGCCAUCUGUGGAGAGCGUGAAGAGUGGCAUUCGCACUGGCUUCCUGCAUAUUGAUGAGCAGAUGCGAGCCAUCUCGGAGCGUAAGCAUGGUGCGGACCGCAGCGGCUCUACUGCAGUGGGAGUCAUGAUCUCACCUCGCCACAUGUACUUCAUCAAUUGUGGCGACUCGCGGGCCCUUCUCAGCAGGCGAGGUCGGCUCCAUUUCUUUACGCUGGAUCACAAGCCCAGCAAUCCACUGGAAAAGGAGCGCAUCCAGAAUGCCGGUGGCUCUGUCAUGAUUCAACGUGUUAAUGGCUCGCUAGCUGUGUCACGGGCCCUUGGUGACUUUGACUAUAAAUGUGUGCAUGGCAAGGGCCCCACAGAGCAGCUAGUGUCGCCUGAGCCAGAAGUGUAUGAGAUUGAAAGAUCUGAGGCGGAGGACGAGUUUGUUGUGUUGGCGUGUGAUGGCAUCUGGGACGUGAUGGCCAAUGAGGAGCUAUGUGACUUUGUGCGUUUACGUCUAGAGGUGACAGAGGACUUGGAGAGAGUGUGCAAUGAGAUUGUUGACACAUGUUUAUACAAGGGAAGCCGGGACAACAUGAGUGUGGUGCUGGUGUGCUUCCCUGGUGCUCCCAAGAUCUCGCAAGAAGCUGUGAAGAGACAGGCAGAGCUGGAUAAGUACCUGCAGAGCAGGGUAGAAGGUGGAGCAUCUAAAAAGAAAUGAGUUAUGUUGCACAGUUCAAAAGAGCGAGACCCCUAUUGUUGUUGAGUAAACUUAUGGUAGUACUUAUUACUUGCCAAAACAGACACUAAAUGUAAAAGUACCCACAGAACCCCAAUUUUAAGUGCGAAGGCACUUGAGUGUCUUUAUAGGCACCAUACUUUUUAAUAUGGUUUAUCCUGGACUUAAAAUGUCCUCAAGGGAAAUUGAGCUAAUUAAAAUGUUUGAAUGCCUAACAUAUAUAAAAUUAAAUCAUACAAAUUGACAAAAUGUAUUUUUUCUCACAGCUUUUCCAAUGAAGCAAGCUCAAUAUUGUAUCUUCUGGACCCGGUUUUUCAAAACAUUUAAUCUUGAUCAGAAUUAUACGGAUUCUGUAAUCCCUUAUUUUGCAAUCCAGGAUCAUAUAAAUCCGACCAAUUUUUGUUUGGCCAGUUUUUCUGAAAUAGGUAGGAUAGGCCCAUUCUGAUCUACAUAUAAAAAUGUCAAGGUCACAGAAUCUAGAUUAUCGGUGCUUUGAAUAUGCGUAAACCUUGUCAUCUACUGGGCAGGUUAUAUUACUACAUACAUGAAUAAAGGUAUUAAAGGACAAGUUAACCUUUUUUUUAACCAAAUCUGUAUUUUGGAUGUAAAUGGCAUGUUAAAAAAGUGCAGAGACACCUUUUUUGUGUGAUUUAAUUUGGUUUUGAGAAACGUACCCCACCAGCGAUAUACUUCCUCAUGUUUGUUCAGCAGUUGUAGGGGCAUGAUAAAACAUUAACAAAGGCUCUAAAAACACCCAAAUACGUCCUUUUAGAAACGACAACGCUCUCAGUAUAGUGAUGCAGGUCUUUAGAUGUUGUACACAUAAAAUGUUGUCAUUCCAAACAUUAUCUGCAACGUUAUAUUCUGUGUUGUGUGACUCGAGCUAUAGUUUUCCAUGUGCGGGCUACACAGAGAAGUAUAGCUCGAGAAUGUAAUGUUGCGCAUAAAGUCACUAUACUGAGAGUGUUGCCGUUUCAGGGCGUAUUUGAGAUCAGUUUUAAUAUUGCAGAUAUAUUGUGGCUUCUAUCAAUGUAAUUGUCUGCAUCAUUUCCAAUCCCCCAUAUAUUUAUUUUGGUAAAUAUAUAUGUUAUUUAAAAUAUUUGUACAAAUAUUUUUCCCUUCUUUAUUAUUUUCCCCUAAUCCUACCAACCAUCCUCUAAUUGGAGUAAAGUAAUGGACAACAAUACUUAAGCUUCCACUUCCAGCUUAUACAUACUACAUCAAUUUCAUGGACAAUAU